AUGGAGUACAUGAGCACUGGAAGUGACAAUAAAGAAGAAAUUGAUUUAUUAAUUAAACAUUUGAAUGUCUCUGAUGUAAUAGACAUUAUGGAAAAUCUUUACGCAAGUGAGGAGCCAGCGGUUUACAAACCCGGUCUAAUGACCAUGUGUCAAGACAGCAAUCAAAACGAGGAAAAUUCAGAGUCCCUGCUGCUCAGUGGCCAAGAUGUGCCGUGGCUGUCAUCAGUCAGAUAUGGAACUGUGGAGGAUUUGCUUGCUUUUGCAAACCAUAUAUCCAAUACUGCAAAGCGUUUUUAUGGACACCGACGACAAGAAUCGGGAAUUUUAUUAAAUAUGGUAAUCACUCCCGAAAAUGGACGCUAUCAAAUAGACUCUGAUGUUCUCCUCAUCCCCUGGAAGCUGACGUACAGGAAUAUUGGCUCCGAUUUCAUUCCUCGGGGGGCCUUUGGAAAAGUGUACUUAGCGCAAGAUAUAAAAACUAAAAAAAGAAUGGCAUGUAAACUGAUCCCAGUAGAUCAAUUUAAGCCAUCUGAUGUGGAAAUCCAGGCUUGCUUCCGGCAUGAAAACAUUGCUGAGUUAUAUGGCGCAGUCCUAUGGGGUGAAACUGUCCAUCUCUUCAUGGAAGCAGGCGAGGGAGGGUCUGUUCUGGAGAAACUGGAGAGCUGUGGACCAAUGAGAGAAUUUGAAAUUAUUUGGGUGACAAAGCAUGUUCUCAAGGGACUUGAUUUUCUGCACUCAAAGAAAGUGAUUCACCAUGAUAUUAAACCUAGCAACAUUGUUUUCAUGUCUACAAAAGCUGUUUUGGUAGAUUUUGGCCUAAGUGUUCAAAUGACUGAAGAGAUCUAUUUUCCUAAGGACCUCCGUGGAACAGAGAUUUACAUGAGCCCAGAGGUGAUCCUCUGCAGGGGCCAUUCAACCAAAGCCGACAUCUAUAGCUUGGGGGCCACGCUUAUCCACAUGCAGACAGGCACUCCACCCUGGGUGAAGCGCUACCCUCGCUCAGCUUAUCCCUCCUACCUGUAUAUAAUCCACAAACAGGCCCCUCCAUUAGAGGAUAUUGCUGAUGACUGCAGUCCCGGCAUGAGGGAGCUGAUAGAAGCUGCCCUGGAGAGGAACCCCAAUCACCGCCCGAGGGCAGCCGACCUACUAAAACACGAGGCCCUGAACCCUCCCAGAGAGGACCAGCCACGCUGUCAGAGCCUGGAUUCUGCCCUCUUUGAGCGGAAAAGGCUGCUGAGCAGGAAGGAGUUGGAACUUCCUGAGAACAUUGCAGAUUCUUCAUGCACAGGAAGCACUGAAGAAUCAGAGAUGCUAAAGAGACAACGUUCUCUCUACAUAGACCUUGGAGCCCUGGCCGGCUAUUUCAACCUUGUCCGGGGCCCACCAACGUUAGAGUAUGGCUGA